AUGGAAAAAAUUGAUCUGUUUGAUGUAAUAGUAGCGAGUGGCAAGUACGACAUCAACGCUUUGUACAAUGGAGAAACUCCGCUCAACUUUGCCAUUAGUGCCGAUCCCUCAGUGCGUGACGGACUCGGGAAGAGCGCCCUUCAUUGUGCGGGCAUGAUCACAAUGAAUGCAGAAAUCUUCGAUUUGCUACUAGCACAUGAAAAAGUCAGUAUCAACGAAGUAGACGAAUGCGUAAGAACUGUUCUCCAAUGGCCCAUAAUGAAAUCCAACGUCGCCGUUGUCAAACACUUGAUGGACAAAGGAGCAGAUUCCAACAUCGCCGACCAACUAGACGGAAAUGGACACACGGCUCUCCAUUGGGCCGCUAUGAAAUCCAACGUCGCCGUUGUCAAACACUUGAUAGACAAAGGAGCCAAUCCCAACAUUCAAGACAAAGAAGGUCUGUCUCCUCUUCAUGUGGCAGUAGGAGGAAGAAACGACAACGAGAUCAUGGAUUUGCUACUAGCUCACCCCAAAGUCAACGUUGACUGUGUAGACAAAUGCGGAAGAACUGUUCUCCAUUGGGCCGCUAUGACAUCCAACGUCGUCGCUGUCAAAAACUUGAUAGACAAAGGAGCCGAUCCCGACAUCGCCGACAAACAAGGUCUGUCUCCUCUUAUUUGGGCAGCACAGGAAAGGGACGGUAUCCCUAUUAUCGAUCUACUGCUGGAAGCUCAAAAAGUCAAAGCCAUAGGCGAUGUAAACGAUCGCGAUGAAGAAGGGUGGACUGCACUUCAUUGGGCCGUCUUGAAAUCCAAUGAAAACACUGCCGAGCAUUUAAUCAACAAGGGAGCAGAUGUCAAUUGUCAAGACAACUAUGGCCGUACCCCACUUGACAUUGCUGCACCUGGUGCAGAGGACAUGAAAAUCAUCGACGUAUUACUCAAGAAUAUAAAGAAAGAAAAGGUGGACGUCAAUUGUGUCGACAAUGAAAGACGUACUGCUGUUUCUUAUGCUCGAGACAACGAACACGGACUAGGCGAGACGAUUAUCGCCCGACUGAGGGAAUCUGGCGCUAAAAAAUAG